AUGGAUCCAGCAAUGAACUCACUUCUCAAAUGGGGUAUCGAAAACUCCGAAACCACAAACCACACGUCCGACGAGCCGGCCAGAGAACCGCGGGGAUUGUCCGCCGAGGCUCUGCGCGCUUUGAUGGGCGGUCCCAGCGAUGCCGACCUGAUGCUUGAAGCCAUGGCCAUCAUCCAGUCUUCCGACCCGGGAGUCACGCACGAUGCCAAAAUGACGGCGUUCGACAACUUCGAGCAGCUGAUCGAAAGCUUGGACAACGCCAACAACAUGGAACCGCUGGGACUAUGGACGCCGCUUCUAUCACAACUGGACAGCCCAGUGGCGGAUCUGAGGCGAAUGGCCGCCUGGUGUCUCGGCACCGCCGUGCAAAACAACGUGAAAGCGCAAGAACGCCUGCUAGGCCUCAAUGGGAUCGAGAGACUAUGCAAAAUGGCGCUCGAUGAUGAGGACGAGGCCGCGCGGAGGAAAGCCGUCUAUGCUCUAAGUUCGGGAAUCAGAAACUAUCAGCCUGCCAUGAACGAGGCCGUAAAGCGAUUGCCCAAGGACAUUGUCGGGCCUGACCAGGUCUCGGCUACAGAUAUGGAGGUUAUAGACGCUAUCAUGGGGAAACUGAGGGAAAGGUAA